CAACGUUUUUAGCGUGGUUUACAACGGGGAAAUGGGGUGCUAUUUAUAGUAGCAAUAAAUGCCAGAUGGGGACACGUGUCAAGCAUCCAUUAGCCGAGGGGUCACCUCAACUGGUUGGCGCUGACAAUCGCAUGUGGCCGCAUUUAAUGCGGCUGUUGAAUGUGACGUCGUACUUGGUACAGUGAUCUACGCGCAUGUGGAGCGGAUAUUAUGUCGGAAAGGUGCCCUCGGCUGUAGAUGAUUAGCCGAGGGCUCUGAGUACCGUGGAUCUCCUUAGUGCCGAGGGCUGUAGGUGCCGAGGGCUACUUAUUUUCGCCGUUUUCUCCCAGUGACUUUUUUUUCCUGUUUUGACCCUCCUGUGAGAAUCAGAGUCUUCGGCCAGGGGGCCGAAGGCACCUCUAGCGCUCACUGUGGGCCGCUUGGUACUCUGGGCACUGUGAUUUGGGUCUGUUGUGCUUCCUGGGCCUAUUGGGCCUUUAUUGGAGCAAUAGGAGUCUGUGGACCGGGGGUUCUCGAGCCAUAUACUCCAUCAGGAGUCUGUGGACCGGGGGUUCCCGUGCCAUAUUCUCCAUCAAGUGGCUAAUCUCUUUGCUGUCACGAGCCGGGAGUGGGAUGAGGAUAUUUUAAAUGAUUUAUUUGUGAGCAAGGAUAUUUUUUUAAUCAAGAGUAUACCACUUAUCUAUCGGGAAAUACCGGAUAAAAUUUGUUGGAAAUGGGAAAAUAGUGGCUUAUUUUCUGUUAGGAGUUGCUAUAGACAGUUGAUGGGUCAGAAUAAUCUCUCUGGGUGGUUGGGGUGGUCGGCUAUAUAUGUGGAAUUGGCUUCUUCCUCCAAAAAUAAAAAUUUUUUUCUAGCAGUUCUGCAGCGGCUGUUUACCAACUCGGUUGAAUUUACAGGCACAAAGGGUUGAUUGUUCUGGGAUUUGUGGGAUGUGUGGGAAGGCCGAGGAAUCUACACUCCAUCUAUUCAUCCUCUGUGAAGCGGCUAAGGAAGUUUGGAAAGUGGUGAAUUGGACUUGGAUUAAUCCUGGAGCUUGAGAAUUUUUGGAGCAGCUGGAGUUGGAAUUUAAUUCAAAGAGGAAGGGAGAAUUGGAAAAAUUCAGUGUGAGCGAAAUCAGCGUGUUUGGCAGGGGACUUCCCAAUCGACAGUUCAGCUUGUGGGGAAGGCAUCAACAACAGUUAUGGGAUGGAUUCAAGCUCAGGCAAACCGGGUGGAAGGAAACUACAGGCAGCAGCAGGCGGCAUCCUCGUGGAGUCGUCCAAUUCUGGGGCGAAUUAAAUUGAACGUGGAUGCUGCUGUUCGGGAUUCCGGUUGUGGGCUGGGGUGGUGCUUGUGGGAUGAAAGGGGCAGGUUCGUGACUGGUGUGGCAUGUCCGAGGGAAGGAAAAUUAUCUCCUUUGGCAGCAGAAUUAAUUGGUAUUCGAGAGACGUUAAGCUGGUUGCAAGACUACGAAUGGGUAGAUAUUGACAUGGAAUCGGAUUCAUCCUGUGCUAUUUCUGAAAUUCUCAAAGGAACUAGCGAUUCUUCUAUUGGGGUGAUAGCUGGUGACAUAAGAAAUUUAUCAAGGCAUUUUUCUAGUAUUUCUUUUAGUCAUGUGAAACGUUCAGCGAACAAGUCCGUCCAUGCAUUAGCAAGAGCGACGUGUUCCGUGUCUGAGCAGCAUACUUGGUUUUUUUAUCCUCCGUCUUUUUUUUUCAUGUAUUCUGGACUAUGAUUUGAUUAAUAGUAAUUAAGUUUUUCUCUUGCAAAAAA